AGUGCGUACGCACGCACGUACGCACUGUUUUUCUAGCAAUCCGUCACACGUACGUGCAUAAUACGUGUCCCGUCGCGAUAUAGAUGACUGCCUCAUAGGCGCAAGCGCGACCGGACUCGUCGUCGAAAACGACGGACGUUCAGUCGCUCGGCAUUCAGUCGAGCACCGGCGUCGUCGACGGCGACGUCGUCUCCUCCCUUGCGCCAGGACGCCACCCUAAUCUCGCCACCGCGCACCACAGUGCCAUGUGAUCGUCCCGUCGUUCGAGGACGCGCGCUCGAUCAUGAACGAUCUAUGACAGCAUACGCGCGAACAAGAUACGCUGACAGUCGUUAAAACUGACAUUUCUCUACGUAUCAUGUAUCGUGUGGAUGGACGAAAUUUUUUUCUAGAAUGAUUUCUUACGAUAAUUACGAAGUGCGUUGAAUCUUUGCGGAUUCAGUAAAUCGAGAGACUUAUACAAUCUCGAAGAUUGGCGCGGGAAAUGGCAGGCCGGGUCCGUGGGUGGAACCACGUGCGAGCAGUCGGUGCCAAAGCGAACGAGCAAAUUUUCCUGCGAUUCUUGGCGACGCGUUGAAGUUGAAACUAAUUAACUGACUAGGCGGGUGCGUGGUACGCGUACGGAGCAUGUAAGACAAUGCGGUGGUGUGGUGGUCCUUGCGAUCUCCUGCGGCGCAAGAUUUUCGUCCUCCUUCUCUUGAUCGGCUGCAGCGAUGGCUAUUUUAAUAUAUUCAUCAGCCAUUCUCAGGUCAUGAAGCUUUUAGGACUCGAGGCCGAGUUGUACUACGUGCGGGAGGGGGUGGUCAACACGUACGCGAUGAAUUUCGUCGUGCCGGUGCCGGCGAACAUAGCGGACCUAGAAUUUUCAUGGCAGAGCCUCAUAGGACACCCGUUACCAUAUUCAAUGGAACUGGACUACGAGGUGGUGGGCGUACCAGGUGCACAAUCUUCUGUGAUGGCAUUGCUGCAGCCGAGGGUAAACGUGUCCGCCAGGGGCGAGGUACCGGUCACCCUGCAGGUCUUCAGGAUCAGAUUGCCGUGCUCGGGUGUCGUCAGCGCCGAAAUUCCACUGGCGCUUAGAUUGAAUGUCACGGCGCCGACCGGUACGAGGUACAACGACACCGUCUUGGUCUUCAAGAGGAACAAGAUCUGCUUGAAAGGUGUCGAGACACCCCCGAGCAACGAUUCGGUGCGUUUGGAGCCCGAUCCGCUGAUGAAUGGUGCUGGCGCGCUCUACGUCGCCGCUACCUGUGCUUGCGCCUUAAUUUUGGUCGUCGGCAGUGUCGCUAGCGCGUUAUACAUCCGCAACAGCAAGGCUCGCGUUCAGGAAUCUCAGAAAACUCUGCCCUGCUGCAGUUACUCCGCGGCUGACACCGGUGGCCUGGCCAGGAGUUCCGUUUUAGUUAGAGUCGACCCACGGCCCGGAAGUGCGAAUUCCGGAAGUUACGCCACCAUCGCCGACCUCGAGCCACUGUACGCGAGGCCAUGCGGUUCCAGAGCUAGUUACUAUGCGGCGAGCCACGUGACGCAUCUCAGCCAGUCGACCGACCCGUGUGAGAAGGCCAGAGCACUCGCAGUAUCGAGAUCAGCGCUGUACUGCCGUACUCUCGUGCAGGAGGGGACUUUCGGUCGCGUGUUCAAAGGAACCUUAGAGUUAGCCGGACGAGAGCAGGAAGUCAUCAUAAAGACAGUCACAGAGGUGGCAUCCGCUUACCAAGCCUCUCUGUUGGUGGUGGAAGGCUCGCAACUGGCUGGAUUAGUUCAUACAAACAUCGCCUCUUUGGCGGCCGCUUGUCUGGACAGUUCGUGCCCCUUAUUGGCUUAUACAAGUACACCCGGAGAGCUAAACCUGAAGGUCUACCUUACGGAUGGAAAUCACCAUCCGGUGACUAGAGACUUGGUGCACGUCGGUGCCCAAGUCGCUAGAGCUGGGGCGUUUCUUCACGGGCGAGGUCUGCUGCACAGGGAUAUCGCUGCCAGAAACUGCAUAAUCGAACCGGGCAGCCUUCGCGUGAGACUGGCUGACGCUGCCCUGGCUCGAGAUCUCUUCCCACAGGACUAUCAUUGUCUCGGUGAUAACGAGAACCGACCCAUACGCUGGAUGGCCCUAGAGAGCCUCCAGCGCAACGAAUACAGCACGGCGACCGACGUGUGGUCCUUCGGAGUUUUCCUAUGGGAACUGGCGACACUGGGUCAACAGCCGUACGUAGAAGUGGACCCGUUCGAGAUGAUGGCGUGUCUUAGAGACGGAUAUCGGCUCGCUCAGCCGAGGCCUUGCCCUGAUGAGCUCUUCGCCUGUAUGGAAGCCUGCUGGCUCAGUCCCUCCAGGGAUCGACCAACCAUGCCGCAGCUGCUCGCCUAUUUGCAAGAUUUCCACGACGCGCUGGGCGGUUUCAUUUAAAUCGUCUGUCCGCAAGUCGACCGCAAUCCGAUCUGGCAUCGUUCGAAGAACCGACAGCGCACCGUCAUCCACUCAGUUUUAUCGAUUGCACAGCUGAUUAAAUUCGUUUAGAAUCGUAUCGUAAAUUGCGAACGAUUGGAUAAUGAAGGCUGCCCGAAACGCCGAAAGUACGUCCACUAAGUUGGUAAUCAAAUUGAAAGUUUGGAGGAAGAAUAGAAUCAAAGUCGCAUGGAAUUGAACGUCGCUGCCCAUUUGAAAUACACUGCCCUUAUUGAUAGGUAGGUUCAUCCGUUGCAUCUAUGAUACAUACUAAUAAUUAUAUUUAUUUCAAGUUGAUUACAUGAAUCAAAGUAGGAUAUUGGCGAAAGAAGUCGCGAGAAAGGCUAAAUCGACACGGACACAUCCGUCCAUAGUAGUUAAAACAUAUAUACAUGAAUUGCAAUCGUUCGCAUUUGAGCGAUCCAUGCAAAAAUCCGGUUAAUAUCGCGCGAGAGAGCCUUAUCUUCGAUAUUACAAUAUGCGGAAACAAAUCUUUUUUUUUAAGUUCUUGGGUGGACAAGGCAGAUUUUACAAACUGCCAUUUCAUAAUGAAAUAAUGAAGAAAUUACAGAAAUUAAAUGCACAAUAAAGCCGUCUAGGUGUUUUUUACUUAAGUAAGAUUUGUACAAUCGAAUUAACAUUUAUUAUACAAAUUAAAAAAUUACUAUAAUAUAAACUCGCAAACACGCAGCCAGUCUCCACUGGCGAUAUUUCACAAGGCAACUUGCCAAGAAUGGAAAUUGUUCCUAGUGUACAUUCUUCUGUGCAAGGAAAUCUCAUCUUACUUGGUUAAAUUCAUUUGAGAAUGUAUCUUCCAAAGAUCUUGUAAUUGGCAUGCGGCUUUUGCUUGCGCCAGCCUUACAGUCUGGAGUAAAGUGCGCCUGCGGCCUGGCUACUCUUUAUCUUCUCGACGCCGUUGUAACUCGGGAUUCAGGCGAAUGAAUGGAAGUGCCGCUCCUCCCAUCCGCAUUAAUUAGCG